CCUACGCAUCCAUCAAACAAAAAGAGCAAAGAGAGAGAGAGAGCGCGCGCGCUGGGUAAGCUUGCAGAGUAAGCAAAGGAACAAGACAAGAAGAAGAUUGAAGAUUUGAAGAGCUGAGCUGAGUAAACCGGCAAUCUAUAAAGCCCCAUGCAACGCCACUUUCCUCCAUCAUCCUCGUCAUUCUCUUCUCUUCUAUUUCUCCUUUCUCUCGUUUCUCUUUCUCAUUCUUUUGCAAUCGGAUCCUCUGCUUUUUGCCGUGAGGAAAUGACCACUCUCGGAGGAGUUCACGAUUCCCCAGACGCAUCCAACACCGUCGAAAUCGACGACCUUGCCCGCUUCGCCGUCGAUGAACAUAACAAGAAACAGAAUGCGGUGCUGGAGUUUGCUAGAGUCGUGAAGGCGAAGGAGCAAGUAGUGGCGGGGACUUUGCAUCUCCUUACUAUUGAAGCGAUUGAAGCUGGGAAGAAGAAGCUUUAUGAAGCUAAGAUUUGGGUGAAGCCUUGGCUUAAUUUCAAAGAGUUGCAGGAGUUUAAACACGCCGGUGAUGUUGACGGUAGUGCAGGUGCUCCCUCCUUUACCUCCUCAGAUCUCGGUGUCAAGAGAGAUGGGCAUGGUCCCGGAUGGAAAGAAGUGCCAGCAGAUGAUCCUGCAGUUCAAGAUGCGGCCAAUCAUGCCGUGAAGAUCAUUCACCAGAGAUCCAACUCAUUGUUUCCUUAUGAACUUAAAGAGAUCGUCUGUGCUAAAGCUGAGGUAGUAGAUGAACAUGCAAAAUUUGACAUGCUUCUCAAGGUCAAGAGGGGAACCAGCGAAGAGAAGUACAAGGUUGAGGUGCACAAGAACAAUGAAGGCAGCUUCCUUCUCAAUCAGAUGGAGCCACAUGCCUAAAUGCUGAAUUUACUGACAUGUUGAAAUAAAAUGGAUCAUCAAAGCUUUUCUUUUUGCUUAACUACUGUAAACUAAACUGCGUGGAUGCUUCAUCUGGUCCCACUGUAAACUUUUUUCUCCUUGAUGAUACAGGUGUGCUUUGUCUGUGCUUUUAUUA